AUCUGUCUUUAUUUAUUUAUUUGUUGUGGAAUGAGAUGAUUGUGAGCCGGGAGCGCGUUUUUCAGGAUUAAUGAUGAUUAUUUCUGGGGUUUCAAUAUCAAGCGUUUAUAUUUCAGUAUUUGUUUAUUUGGCAGUUUAACUGUUUACACUGUUAACCUGUUGUGGUGAAGGUGUGGCACAUCUUGAGCCUCACAGCUUCUGUACUGAAGAACAAUGUUGGCCUGUUGUUUAUUUAUUUAUUUGUUUGCUUGUUUGUUUGUUUACAUCAUUGUGCAAUAAUUAAUUUUUUCUUAAAUAGAAGUCAGUGAUAGUAAAUAUUUGUUGUAUUUUUUGAUAAGUUAUAUAUGUGAUAUUUAAAGUGGAUUUGUGUGAUUUGGUGUUGAAUUGUUUUGUUUACAGCUUUGUUCUCCUACGUGACGUUAGUCUUUUUAGCAUCGUGUUCAGUAAAGGAAGCGUAUAGACACCAGUGUAGCAUCGUGUUCAGUAAAGGAAGCGUAUAGACACCAGUUUAGCAUCGUGUUCAGUAAAGGAAGCGUAUAGACACCAGUGUAGCAUCGUGUUCAGUAAAGGAAGCGUAUAGACACCAGUGUAGCAUCGUGUUCAGUAAAGGAAGCGUAUAGACACCAGUUUAGCGUCGUGUUCAGUAAAGGAAGCGUAUAGACACCAGUUUAGCAUCGUGUUCAGUAAAGGAAGCGUAUAGACACCAGUUUAGCAUCGUGUUCAGUAAAGGAAGCGUAUAGACACCAGUUUAGCAUCGUGUUCAGUAAAGGAAGCGUAUAGACACCAGUUUAGCGUGGUGUUACUUCAUGUCUGACAAAUCGAAUGUAAACUACAGCAUAAUAUCACCUGAAUUGCUUCUUACCUAAAAGCCUUCAGACUUUAAGCCACGCCCCCUACCUGAGUCAAGAGCUGGGGUAGAGUCACACUGAACCUCUGUUCUGAGGAAGAAACUGAUUUUCAGUGAAGCCUCAGUGAGCGUGAGGUUCUCUGGCCGAGUGUGUCGUGUGUAUCCUCGCUGAAUAAUUUCCUGUAGCGGAGACGCUGGAGAGUUUCACUGCUCUUUAUUCUCUUGAACUUUAGAACUAGUUAAAGGAACCAGUUUAUGCUCCGUUCUGCUCCGUCAGGAUUAAACACACAGGACUGAACUUAAAGGAGGUGAAUGAAGAAGACCAGAGGGGCGUGUUUCGUGAGAUUUACACGUCCAUCGACACGUUGGCCUUCAAGUUUGGCAAUGUAGUGUCAGAUUUCCUUAUGGGAGAUGCGGACUGCGGCUCCGGAGUGGAGCUCUCCCAGACCAGGAGGAGCCGAUCGUUUGAGAACCUCUCUGGAGAACACAAAGAACUGGCAGACUUUGAGCUGUCCCCCGUACAGAGAGUGGACCAGGCCCUGCAGCAGAAUGACAGUGGAGUUGAGUCGGCUCUGCUCUACGCCAAGGCCUGGUCCAAAUACGCCAAGGACGUCCUGAGCUGGGUGGAGAAACGCCUCGGGCUGGAUAUGGAGUGUGCUAAAGGAUUUGCUAAGAUGGCUGAAUCAGCGAAAGCCGUAGCAGCUCAGCAGGACUACAUGCCCUUCAGAGGGGUUUAUGUGUCUGCGUUUGAGAACGAGCUGGAUUACAGUCACACUCUCCUCCAGACAGCUACAUCUCUCCAAACCAACAAGUUCAUUCAGCCGCUGGUGGUGCGGAAAACCGAGCUGGACAAACUGAGGAAGGAAUUAAAAGAGCAGUGGCAGAGGGAGCAGAAGAAAAUGAUUGAAGCUGACAGUGCGGUGCGUAAAGCUCAACUCCUUCACACGCAGCGUAGGGAGGAGUACGAGAAGGCUCGCGGUUCUCACGGUCGAACGGGAGAUGAGCAAACACACGCAGGAGGGAGAACGCAGGAGAGGAAGAGGAAGAUGGAGGAAGAGGCUCUGCAGAAGGCUGAAGACGCUCAGGAACACUACAGAGUGUGUGUUGCUGACGCUGAAGCCAAAAAAGUCGAUCUGACCAAAACAAAGAGUGAAAUCCUCACUCAGCUCCGAGAGCUCAUCUUCCAGUGUGACCUCACCCUCAAAGCUGUGACAGUGAACUGGUUCCAGAUGCUGUAUAAUCAGGUGGUGUCGGUUCCUGUACAGUACCAGACGCUGUGUGAUCAGGUGAAGCAGUAUGAACCCGGACAAUGUUACUCAGAGUUUGUACACAGUUUACCUAAAGAGCGCGUGUGGCUGGAGGCGCUGUCUCACGGGCAUGCGGGAGCGUCCAGGACAGGCAUGCCCUUCCAUAAGAGAUCACUGAGCAGUACACACUCCUCUCAGGGGAACCUGUCUCAGCUCUCUGCCGAUGAAGUGAACAGUCCUGUUCAUAAACGCGUCAGCAAGAUGGACGAACCACCAUCCAACAGUGGCUCAGCCGACAUCCACGGUCUGAAGGGAGGGAUGUGCAGUGAUUCAGAAAGCGUAGGAGGAAGCAGUGAGUCUCGGUCUGUGGAUUCUCCCACUGCCAGUCCAGGGGAUUUUAAGCGGAGACUUCCCAGAACUCCAUCCACAGGCACCAUGUCAUCUGCUGAUGAUUUAGACGAAAGAGAACUUCCUUCACCUUCAGACAACGGUGUGAGUGAGAUGGUGACACAGACAGCGAAUUCUCCCGGUCCUUUCAGAAACACUCAGAUGUCCAAAGCGGCUCACACACACAAACUGAGGAAACUGCGCGCUCCGUCUAAGUGCAGGGAGUGUGACAGCCUGGUGGUGUUCCAUGGAGCCGAGUGUGAGGAGUGUUCUUUAGCGUGUCAUAAGAAGUGUCUGGAGACCUUGGCGAUUCAGUGUGGCCAUAAGAAGCUGCAGGGGAGGCUGCACUUAUUCGGCAUUGAUUUCUCUCAGGUGUCUAAGAACAGCGCAGAUGGAAUUCCCUUCAUCAUCAGGAAGUGCACUUCAGAGAUCGAGAGUCGCGCCCUGAACAUCAAGGGAAUUUAUCGUUUAAAUGGAGCAAAGUCUCGAGUGGAGAAACUCUGUCAGGCGUUUGAGAACGGAAAAGACCUGGUGGAGCUGUCAGAGCUGUAUCCACACGACAUCAGCAACGUGCUCAAACUGUACCUGAGACAGCUACCCGAGCCAUUGAUCCUGUACAGGUAUUAUAAUGAGAUUGUUGGUCUGGCUAAAGAAGCUAAGAGCAUAACAGCGGACAACACACACACACCUCAACUCAGCGUCGAGCUCAACCGAGUCAUCCUCAAAAUACGAGACCUGCUGAGACACCUUCCUCCUGCACACUACAGAACCCUGCACUUCCUCAUCACUCACCUGCACAGAGUGUCCGAGCAUGCGGAGGAGAAUAAAAUGGACGUGAGGAAUCUGGGGAUUAUCUUCGGCCCGACGCUGAUUAAACCUCGGCGGUUGGAUGCGGACGUGUCCCUGUCCUCCCUGGUGGACUACCCCUACCAGGCUCUGAUGGUGGAGCUGCUCAUUCAACACCAUCUGAAGAUUUUUGACGUCCAGUUAAGCCCCGCCCACUCCACCAACCCUCCACUCAGCCGCUGCUCACAGUCUCUCCUGGACAUCAAAGAGAGCUCUAAAGCCCAUAAGAGAUACUCGUCUGUUCUUCCCUCAUCACACCGAGUGGAUGAAGUGAAGGAAGUGCACUUAGCAAGUGGACAUGAGGGGAAAGAGGACACAGCCGCUGACAGUACAGAUGGUGUAAGCGGUGUUGGAUCGUUGCUAGCUGUCAGUCGCCUCAGUACAAAUGCAAAUGUCUCCCUGGUGAAGCUCCGCCCACCACGAACCCACUACCUGUCCCGCCCCGUGAGUUUACCCGUGGACCGCCUGCUUAACGAACGCAACAUGGCUGAGCGAGAGAACUUGGGCGGGGCCAUCCCAGAGAAACCGGAGGCAGAGAAAGCGGAGAGCCGCACCUACCGCACCCCCUUCGUCCACACACACACCCUGAGACGCACCUGGGACAAACAGUACCGCCAUUAUGAUGUCACGCCUCGCACUGCCAUGAUCGUUGCCAACCUCCCGCCCUCAGGGGCAGUGGGCGGAGCCAAAACCGAAACUGCCAAACCGGACACAACCAAACCGGACGGCUCCAAAACAGCCACUGCAGAAGCACGGAGCGGCGCUUUAUCUCAGAACAGUUCAUACGCCUCUACCAUGCGUCCAUUCCGGCGAGACAGUAGCAUGAGCGAUAAGGACGUUCCAAUCACAUUCAGAUCAACGCGGACACUCCGGCCUCCACCCGGAACUUUCUACAGGCCUCCACACCUCCAUGUUAAAACUCCAGACACGGAAAAGAACGCUAACGUUUCCCCGAACACCACCGUAACCACACUGUCCGUCACUAUAGCUGCACCGCUAGCCACGCUAAAUGUGUGUCCAACCUCAGCUGCACUGUCAGUCACGCCCACAUCACCGUCAACAGGAAGUGACACGAGUGCUAAAGAGGAAGUGCAGACGGAGUCCCAGUCGGACGAUGUGAAUGAGAAUAAAUCUGUGUAUCAGAGACUAAGAGAGAGCCAGCACUCACACCGAGAGGCACGCUUUGUAUAAACAUGCACAAACACACACACACACUCUGCUUACGUUACACACAUUCAUACACACUUCAAAACACAGUGCUGUUCACUGUGAUUCACCCUACAAGCGCUUAUAAUAAAGAUCAGAACAGUCCGUGUGUAUUUAAAUGAGGUGUGUGUGUAGUGUGUGUAGUGCACAUGGAGUGUUUAGUGUGUGUUCAUGUACAGCGUUCAUUCAUUCAUCAUUCACUAAAUUAACUUCCUGCUCAGACUCAGACUACUGUGGGUCAGAAAAUAUCAUGAGCAGGUUAAAACAAUAAGAAAGUACGUAAAGCCCUUUUCCUGUUUAGGCCACGCCCACUUCAGGUUUAAAUCCAUACCAGUGCUGCUCUUUCACACACUCAAUCCUCUCCUCAGCACGUUAUCUCACACACACACACACACACUCCUUAAUGACCUGUGGGAUUCAUCUGUGUCCGAACCACAGAACCUGAGCUACAGGACUCCUGUGUGCACUGCGGCUGUGUCCCAAAUGCCUUGAUAUCAGAAGCAGCAGUUACAGAGAGAGACCCCCCUGUGGUUUAGGACGCUGUCCAUCCGCUCUGCGUCUCACACACACACGCACACCUGAGUAGACAGAGAAGAGCGUUAUUGAAGCUGGCUAGCUAACGUGUGUGUUAGCAGUGAGUGUAUGAGACCGCGCUCUACAUUAGGUUUAUUAUUUCUUUUUUAUGGAAUGACAAAUAUAAUAUAAAAUGUCUUAACUGGAAAUGUUUGUUACAUGCACUUUGUUUGAGAUAAUAUAAUGUGCAGCUGUGUGUGUGUGUGUGUGUGUGUGUGUGUACGUACAGUUAAAGCAUUUGUACAGAUGGAGUAUGUAUGUAAUAUUUUAUGAAGUUUUAUCCCUGAUGAUGCACUUAAUAAGCCUGAAUGUGUGCAUAUGUAAAAUACAUAAUGAAUAUAUUUGCAUAAAUUUGCAAAUCAUUUUAUUAUUGUGAUCAUUUUUGUGUUUUAUUUGUGUUUUCUGUAACGUAUUGCACUGACCACAAUACAGAACAUUUAAAACCUCA